UAGACUUCCAUAUUAGUUUGCCACUUUUCAGUGUCAGAGCUCAGUCUGUUUUAAGAAGUUUUCCGAGUGACAGCUGUGGACAUGAGGACCCUGCUGGCUCUAAAUGUACUACUGGGUGCUGUAAUGAGCAGCACCACAGUUAAUCAGAUAUCAAGUUUACCAGGAACAGCCAUUUCCUUGCAAUGUACUGCCACAGGACCAUCUGUGAAUUGGCUCUGGAUUCCAAAAUACCACAAAUGUGCCGGAUUUCAAGGAUCACUGAAAGUAAUCUACAGUGUCGGUCAGACUGGAGUUCAUAAAAUGGAAGUCGAGGUCUUUAAGAACCGAUUGGAAGUGAUCAGUGAUCUCAAGACAGGGACGAACUCUCUGGUGCUUAAAGAUGUGGUGGCAAGUGAUUCAGGGCGCUUCACCUGCUGCGAUCGAAAUGGAGGAAGGGAGACCUAUGAUCUUCAGGUGAAAGCAGGUUGCUAUAAAAACAUUAAAAUCACCAGUUCGAAAUUGCCUAGGCUGGGAGGCCAUGUUACUCUGUAUUGCUCCUCCUGUACCAGUGAUCCACUAACUAAAAAUAAUACAUUUGCCUGGAACUUCAAUGGAAAACCCAUCUCUUACACUCCAGAAGUUAUUGAAGGGAAAAGAACGCUGACUAUAUCGCAGGUAAGAGACAUCCAUGAAGGGAAAUGGAGCUGCCAGUCUGUGAAAGACCCCUCUCAACACUCAGAAUACUGUCUAGACUUGGGAUCACAGGCUGGGCAAAGGCACAAGGGGCAACAGAUCACAUCACAGGCUACCUGCAUCCCCUCGACAACAGAGAAAGCUGCUUCAGACAAACCAGCACAAGGAGAAGCUGGUGGUUGGAAUGGUUCCUUGGUGCCAGUGGUUGUUAUUGUGCCAUUAAUCGCUAUUACAGUGCUGUUGACUCCUGGAGUAUGGCUCUGCAGAAGAAAGAAAUCACUCAGGAUGAAGCAAAGGGAAAAUGUAACUGUUGAUUCAUGUUGUGGCUCUUCCACCCUGUCAGUAGACCCCUCUAAAUCAGCUACACACUCCACCUGCUCCACCACCCUCUGUGGAGAGACUUCACAAGCAACGACAGACACUGCACAGGUCUUGAAGGAUGAAAUUCAGUACGCCUCCCUCGAUCAAUCGCAGCUAAGAAGUAAGCAGACAAGACCUAAAGCUGGUAGUAAGGUGCAGUAUGCCUCUAUUGAUCAUCUCCAACCAACCAGAAAUCACCUGCCUGCUUCUGAAGACUGCACCCUGUAUUCUACUGUUUGGGGAGAUUGAGCACCAUAGGUGUAAGUGGGUUGUCCAUCGCAUGAUAUUAGCUGUACCGUACCAUUCUCUGCCAUUUGUCAUACUUACCACAUGCUAUUACUGGACGUUACUCAUAGAAGCAAGUUUUAUUUUUUUUUAUUUUUUUUACUGUAAGUUAACUGCUCUUAGUCGAACUCGCUCUUAAAUGUAAUUACUUACUGCAUUCUUUAUUUUGCUCUUAUUUGAAUUUGAUCUUGUUGUACUUUGCAAUGGCUCUUACCUGUAAUGUGACAUUCUGUAAUGUGAUAUUGAGGGCAGCAGUGUGGAGUAGUGGUUAGGGCUCUGGACUCUUGACCGGAGGGUCGUGGGUUCAAUCCCAGGUUGGGGACACUGCUGCUGUACCCUUGAGCAAGGUACUUUACCUAGAUUGCUCCAGUAAAAACCCAACUGUAUAAAUGGGUAAUUGUAUGUAAAAAUAAUGUGAUAUCUUGUAACAAUUGUAAGUUGCCCUGGAUAAGGGCGUCUGUUAAUAAAUAAAUAAAUAAUAAUAUUGUAUAAUGUGAUAAUUUGCAAGGAGAUCGUUUGUAAUGUGAUCAUUUCUACUGUGAUGCUUUGUAACAACUGUACGUCACCCUGGAUAAGAUAGGAGGCUGUGUGGUCCAGUGGUUAAAGAAAAGAGCUUGCAACCAGGAGGUCCCUGGUUCAAAUCCCACCUCAGCCACUUACUCAUUGUGUGACCCUGAGCAAGUCACUUAACCUCCUUGUGCUCCGUCUUUCGGGUGAGACGUAAUUGUAAGUGACUCUGCAGCUGAUGCAUAGUUCACAUACCCGAGUCUCUGUAAGUCGCCUUGGAUAAAGGCGUCUGCUGAAUAAACUAAUAAUAAUAAUAAGGGUGUCUAUUAAUUAAUAAUAAUGAAACAGACUAUCAAAGUGUUAUCAUCAAUGCAAUUAUAUCACAUUAUAAUAUAAUGUGAUAUAAUUAACAGCUGAUAGCUAAUGAAACAAAAAUUCACUAAUCUCCCCAAUCCUGCGUUUCCGUUCACUGUGUACAGCAGGUUUCAAAUGUGAAGCCCUUCAAUCACUGACUGGAGAUCUGUUUGAUGUGGCCAGAUAGUUAGUUAUAAGCAUCUGGUUGGAUCCAUUGGUGAAGUUUGAUUAGCAU